AUGUCAUCUGUCCUACAGGAGGCCGAUCAAACAGAAGGGCCAAUUGAGUCAAUAAUUGCGGCCCUCUAUGCCAGAAUAGAGAGCAUUUUACCCAUCAAAUCUGGCAUGAGCGUUUCGCAAAUUGUGUCGGACCAUAACUACAAGGAAGCCAAGAAUCAUCUCUGCAAGGUGGCAGAUAGCAUGUGGAUUAACGACAUUGCUGCUUGCACGGCGAACACUAUCGAACACAUCAAUCAAUUUGACAACAAUGCCCCCAUAGAGGAAAGGAAACCGACAUCGAUUGCAUCUUUAGAAUUGAUACUCAGCUUGCUAGUUGACUUCAUAAACGUCAUAUGGAGUAAUCACCACUCGAAAAUGGACAGCAACAAAGAAACGUCCAGUGAAAACUCGGAACUUGCAAUCUCACAGGCAAACAUUUCGAAGCGAUUAUACUUCAAACCCCGCAAGAUAGCUCGGCCGAUAGCGAAAAAACUAAUCUCACUACUGAGUGAUCUGAAAACCCAAACAUGCUGUAUACAAGCUGUUCAGAUCCUGACAUCAAACCAGAGCUAUACCGCCAAAUUUUCUGAAUAUGAGCGCAAAGAUAUUCAAAAAAUUGAUGGCUAUUGUGAUGACAUAGUCAAGUACCUUGCAGCGAGCAACGCAUCAGAAUUUUUUGAAUUCUUGGAGAACAAAUAUAGAAGGGUUGGAUUCGAAGCCUUGUUUGUGCCGCGAUCCGAUUUCAUUGGUCUUGCCUACCUGGAUUCAGACAAUGUUCUCGCCUACCUAAAGAUAGUGAAAAGCGUUAUUCAGUUAACCACUCGUCAAUCACAACAGAACCUUAUUCUAUAUUGGUCUUCUGAGAGCAUAUACAACUGGGCAGUCACGCGAACGCGUGAUUUUUUGAAGAGCACCAAAUCAAUGAGUGUGAACACCCAGGCUGAGUCGCUAUUUGACUAUGUUUACAAAUUCGCCGAAGUCAAAGCGUACUCGCUCUCAGUCUACCGGUUUUUGGCCACUGUUCUUCUUUUAGCACCAGUGGCAUAUGAAAAAUAUCUUGAUGAAAGACAAUCAAAGUCUUCGACACUGACAUUUAAGAGAUCUGUUGGGCGUUUUAGCUCAAAACACAGAUUCCUAAAUGAUCUGACUCAAAUAUUCCAGAAAUCCCCUUCCUCAACUGAUAGCUUGAUUAAGGUCAUGCUCGUGGGAUCUUCUUUAAGCUUGUACGAACCACAUCAUCCGCUAUGCAAAUUUGCCACGAACACUUAUGAUCAACUGAGGCUCGAUUUAAGUAUGGAUAAUAUGCAAUACUAUCCGAGCAACCUAGAGCCCGAGCUGGUAGAUAGCUACAGAAUUGAAGUCUAUGCUGCCGGCUUUAUGUUAAGACCCAAAAAGUUGACUUUGGAAGCGAUAGAUGCAUUUCAAAACUAUUCCUCGAAACCAAUCUGCUUGUCAAAUAUAACUGGGGGUAUUAAAACCCUCGUCAACAAACUCACUACGGGGAAGUUCUUGUUGGCUUACUUGAAGACAUUAUUCCCCUACAUGCUUUCAACUCUGCAAAAGCUGUCAAUUCAAAAUACCACCGCAUAUGCGGUGCUUGACACAGAUUCAUUACCGAGUAAUGACUCGAGUGAGUCGGUGGUGGAUAUCAGGGAUGCUUUGCAACAAAGUAUUGUUGCCAAAAAUGCACAGACAAAAACGGAAUUUCCAACUACCCCCACCACGGAAUCGGAAGUGGACGAACUUUCCGCCUCAACAUCAAAUACACAAUCUCCCGCUGCCAAAGAGGUCUCAACUUCGAGAUCUAUCGCCACCACGACCCAUACAACCGAGCCAAAUUCUACAAUGCUCAAGAACGUUUACAAAACGAAGAAUUUUUCUUCGAAAGUCAUUGCUCCACUCAAGCAUACCCUUUCAACGUCAUCAUCAUCACUCGCUAUGGCAUCUAUAUCAUCUGCCCCAUCAUCAGCACCCUCAACGUAUUCAACUACAUCCGGCCCAGUUUCCACCAAAGACAUUAAGGGCGCAAGUUCAUCUUCCCGAAGAUCCACACAAUCGUCGUCCACAUCUAGCAUUAUCACGAGCCAUAGCAAUGAUGAUGCACCCCAUCUUGUCAAAAUGAAGGUUAAUGUUCUUGCUACUUCACGGCAAAGUCUUAUCAACAUUUUGCAAACCCUCAAAUAUUGUCCCACAAUAUUCUACCAUGCUUUAGCUCCUGACUCUGAGAAUAGUCUUUCUAUUUUUGAAAAGCAAUUCUCUGUGGCGAUGGCUCCUAUCGUGAAACUCAUAUUGGGAGAGGACCCUUAUGUCACUAGUUCUGUUGAAGAAUUUUUGAUUAGCUUCCCGAAGAGUGCUGCCAGCAGCACUAACGAGAACGCUUACAUGGGCCAUUUGGCGUCAAUAAUCAUUCUUGAUUUGAUCUCCAAAAUGUGCAUCUCCAAGCACACAAACAGGGAUGAACUGGAAAAGAUGCUUUUCCUGUUGGCUGAGUUCGCAAGCCUGAGAAUGGAAUAUUUCGACUAUAGGAACUUCAGCCUCUCAAACCCAUCAAUUCUUGAAUUUCACAAAUCGGGGAAAUGCUCCAAAUUGUUGCAAAAUUUCGAAAAGGCUGUAUACCUGGGAUUAUUUUCUGACAAUGCAGAAACUCACAGACAAUCACGCUUUUUGCUGAGCAACUUUCUGCAGAUGGUCACAGGAGGGCACCAUCUGCCCACCUGCUUCCAAAAUACAGCGUCUCACUUGGCAAGAGCAAUUCUCUCAGAUAAGCUCCCAUCUGGAACUAUGGCAAUGAGAAAGAAGCUACGCGAUCAUCUCGCCAACUUGGAGGCUCCAAACGAGAUACUUCUUGACAUUUGGAACACGAUGUACGAGAGACUGAAGCUUUCGAGUGCUAUGGAGUCUGGAUCGUUAAAGUCUUCAUCAUCGAUUUCUAACUUCGAUCAGGACCAAUACGAAGAUUAUGCAGAUUACCUAGCAUCACUAGGAGGUAUUUUGAUGUCCCCAGAUUUUGAAGAUGAUCCUCGUCACUAUGUGUUUCAAGAGAAACUGAAGAAAUUUCUGAAUUUAAAAGUUAUCAACCUUUUCUCAUCAGAUCCCAAGGAGCGAGAAGAGGCAAGAGAGGUUCUUUGUGUCUCAAUGCACCCCUAUUUGUGUGGAGUUUACUUGGAUUUGCUCACGAGACAUUUCUGGAGAUUCGAGUCAGCGUAUGAAAAAAAGGAUUAUCACAUAUGCGAGGUCGUGGUGAGCGUUUUGCGGACCAUCAGUCAAAUUGACUAUGAAUCCUUAUUUUUUCAUACAGGGGAGUUUUGCGAACUCAACAUGAAGAUCUUAAUCAUGAUGGAUUCCGAGGUUGAUAAUGACUACUCAUUUUUGAAACUCAAGCUUAAACUUUGCAAAUUGCAAUCAUCAUUUCUGCCUCGCCUUGAUGAUUUGUCUCUUAACGGGAGCAUUCUGAGAAAAAACCAGUAUGCCAAAAUUAUCGCAAACUACCUCGAAAACUCAUUCAACUAUCGUUUCGUCCAAGAAAAAGAAGACGAGAACAAGCGGGUUUUGAGGUUUGAAUACAAGCCUCCUAACGCAAGUAUAUCCAGGACACAGAAAGCUUUGCAACAAGACUUGAAUGAUAUUCACUAUGACAUAAAAGUUGAGACAUCGUUGAUACUGAAAAUCAUUCUAUUUGGUCUUCCCUUGGAUGCUUCGAAUGGCGGUAUGCAUGGAAGGGUUCACGGGAAUUUGGCAAACGAAGUGGCAUUUAGCAAUUACUUCAAUCUGUUUGUUAGAAUCCUCGAACACCUUGAUGUUUCCGAUCAAUCUCAAGGAAUGAACAUGGCAGAUCGUCAUAGAUCCUCAAUUAUUGUCAAAAACAUUAUUCAGGCACUCAUCAACCUACUGAAGUCAAAUUCCGACCUUGGGCUCAAACCCUCUCUCCCAUUGGGAUAUCACGAAAACAUUUUACUUAGGUCGUCUUUCAUAAACGUCUUUACAAGCAUCGUGAAGAAUCUUAGCAUACAAAUGAAUACAGACUCAGAGUCUCAAAGAAAGGAAAUAAUGACCGAAGGCCUUGGCCUCGUCGCAAUCGACAGAUUACUAUUGUACUCGUGUACUCAAGUCUGUCCUACUUCAGAGGUUGACGAUUUUGCCAAAUCCUUGCUUACAUUGACAAACGAUAAGGAGCUUGAGCUUUCAAUGAUUACAUCCUUACUUCGUGCGGAUAUACUAGACACGAAUGAUUACGUUGAGAUUUUAAGAUCAAAUACCGUGGCGACCCGAAUGGUUGCUCUUUACUCGCACAGAGUUGCCAAGAAUUAUCUGGUGAGUAUAUUCAAGCCGAUUUUUUAUGAAUUGCAAAACUCUGGCGAAUACUUCGAAAUUGAAAAGAUCAGCGUUGACGACGAGAAUUGUGAAGAAAACUUGCGUCUGUUUAUGAAAUACUUCACGAUGAUAGUUGACGCCAUCACGAACUCUGUGGAUCAGAUCCCAAAAGGCCUAAGAUUGAUAUCGAAGACAAUUUAUGAUACGACAUCUAUCACGUUUCCAGAAUCUAAGCUUUCAGUUUUAGGAGCAUUCUUAUUCUUGAGACUAUUCAAUCCAGCAAUCGUGUCCCCAGAAGGCUUGAAUAUUCUGCCGUUGAUGUCUGUUCCGAUGAAGCGCUCAUUGAUGCAAAUUGCACGUAUCCUACAGUUGCUUGCCAAUGAAAGCUCUGUUUCUGUUAAGAUUCCACUUUUGCAAAGUAAGAUUGAGGACUUAAAGGAGCAAAAAGCCAAGAUCAACAAAUUCAUGGUGGAGGUGACUAAUGUUUCAGAUGCUGCAAUGCUCACAGACGAGUCAGAGAACAUCAUAGACGAGAGCAGUAUCGAAACUGAAUACAGCUUCUUUCAUAACUUUUUAUACGACCACUGGCUUGAUGUUCGCAUGAUAUACUCCAAGCCGUCGCCCAUUUUUGAUGUCCCUAUGGAGGAACGGUUUGUGAUGAUUAGAGAAAUUGACAACUUCCUUUCGAGGUCGGGAGUUCCCAAAAGGAUCACUGUCUAUGAAAUUCCAGAAUCUAUCAAGAAAGACCAGUCUGAACGAGGAGUCCAGCUGUACGAUUUUAUGUCGCAAGUUUCUUUGCCCGACAGACAAUUCAAACCUAUGAUCAAGGAAUCGAUUACGAGGGAUGGUUUUCCACUUGUAAUUGUGGAUAUGUUCCAAAUUUACCGCGAGGAAGAGAAGCCAUCACCCGAAAUCUUGUGCUAUCAGCUAUUUCUCACAAGCAGCAAAUACUGGGAGAAUCCUUACUGCAUCUUAAUCGAUUGCACGGCUUACAACAACGAUACUUUAUUGAGUCCAGUAUUGGAUUUGAUGUUCACUCUCCUCGCUGAAAAAUACAGGAAAAACUUAAAACGUUUAUAUUUCUUCAAUGUCUCUCACAGGUACUUGAUCUCACUCAAGGAGGCAAAACAUCAUUUUGAAAAUGCGAACAUGCUGUCCGAUUGCGAGGUGUUUUUUGUGAGCGCAAAUGAAGACGAAAAGGCUUUAGCUAAACAAGGUCUUACGUAUUACACCAAUGCCGUGACGAAGGAUGCUAGGGUCACGUUCCAUGAUGUGAGUCUUUAUCAGGAGAGCGUCAAACGGUUUGUUCCUGUGAAAUUGAAGAUUGGAAACAAAUUCCUUCAGAUAUUUUCUGCUCAACCUCAAAGACUCAAAUUUGGUCAAAAAAUGAAAACGCUGUACCUUGUUGAUAUUUAUCCGAUUACGACACUAUCAACAAUGAGUCCGUCGAAUUUUACAGGGGUUGCAAACGAAAUUUCUACAACGGAUACUAUGACAGAUUUUAGACUCAUAUUGACAUCCACCAAAAAGGCAGAAAUCAUGCGCACAAUCUAUUUCUCUAAAUCUAAGUAUUCCACGGAAGUUUUGGAUAAUGAAGAGGACAGGUCCAUCGAAAAAUCAAUCGGAAAGCUUCUGAACAUAACAUUGACAGGUCUUCUUUCUCAAUUUGACGAAGUUAGAAACGCUGCGUUCCGCUUACUCACAGCCAUGACAGACUGUUUCAGCCUAUCAGUUGGAAAGAAGAUUGUUAGCAGUGAUGCGAUGGAAUUUCCGUAUGGUGAUGUACAGUAUAUCUUCGCUCUAUCUGACCAGCUUGCCGCUAAUCACCCUCAGCUGACAUACGACUUUUUGUCCGGAUUUUUUGAUACUCUUGACUAUUGUCAGGAGCAAGAACAAGAUGCAUACGUCAUAUACACCUCGCCAUGGAUCAAGAACAUUUUCAAACACGUUUAUUCGGCUGAUUCUAUAAAGGGUCCAAGAAGAACUUCUGAUUUGAUUCGAAAGUUUGUUAGAGCAAGCAGAAAGUCUAAAUCAACGACGCUUGCCUUUGCCUUAUAUAUAUGGGGAGAGUUGUGCCUGGAAGAUCGGCUGGUUGAAAUUGUUAUUGAUGAAAUUAUAUCUGCAGCCAUUGAUCACGAGGCCGAAGGCCAUGGGUGGGAGGAAAUCACCAAAUAUUGGCCAUUGACGCCCACGGUGGAAAUAUGUGGUUUGCUGAUUCAUAGACUACGAGAGAGGUCAUACUUCAUCAACAAUGAUGAGUCGGAGUUGGAGUCCCACACAAGAUGGAUUGAAACGACAGUUUUGACGCGUUUUUUAACGUUUCUUGUUUUCGACUCAAUAAUUUUUGUUCAAAUGUACAUCAGUGACAUUUUUUACCUCGUGACGAUAUACAUGGACCAAGGGCCAUUGGAAUUUCGUACAUCCAUCCUCCGUCUGGUCAUGAGAGCAUUUCAUUCAUUUCUAUCUCGUGAGGAUUUAACUCCCACUCAAAUCAAACUGAUUCGAGAGAAAAUAGAGCUUUUUGAAGGAGCCAGAUAUCGAAUGUUGUUUGGUUUAACUCGCUAUGAUGGAAUUGCGUCCGCUACAACGGAACAAGCCGGAAUUGAGAUGGUGAAUAAAUCCCAUUCGAUUGCUACAGUGACAGAAUCUUUGAUAUCAUUUUUAAAAGAUCUUUGUGACCCAGCGGACUACGAACUGCAUCUCAUCAAAUGGAAUUCUUACGUGCUAAAUAUAGCCUUCUUAGAGGAAGCCCAACUUCAAGGACGUGCGAUGCUCGUGUUGGGCAGUUUAGUCAGGGAAGGUGUUAGCCACAGCAUUGUGACCAAAUUUCUCAAAGUUUUGGCAGAAAUGCUAACAGUUCAGGAACAGAAAAUACAGCAAGAUAACAAUGACAAGCUUUACAUGGUGAUUUGUGUGCUACAUUCAUUUACGAAACUUACUGAAGGAGUUCCAUCUAGCUCUCCUUUUGCCCCACAAUUCUUCUGGAUUGGAUUUGCUCUAUCUCUGUCCGAUAAUGUGAUUUUUUAUCAGUAUUCGAUAAAAAUUAUGAAUGCUGCAUUGAAGAAAGUUGCUAGUCACUUGAGUGAAACUGACGUCGAAAUCAGAGACUACCUAUUCAAUCAUAGGGCAGUUUUCGAAGGUGUUCUGGAGGAACUCGAAUCACUUCAUGACAUCGACGUCACCAAAGAACAUUUCGAUGUUUUGAUGACAAGUGUUUGCUCUAAAGGCCUCCAAAUUCCAUUUGCAACAGAUCCUACAUUUGGCUGCCUUGAGACACUUUUAUCAGCCAGAUACAGAGAAAGCAUGAAGUUUGUGAAAAAAUACCACAGGCAAUUUGAUCUAAACACAAUAUCGUACGCCUUCUACCUAUUUGUUUUCUCUCAAAAUGACUCUGAACUUAUGAGUACGCUAUACGAAUGCGGCAUGAGGGAGUUUGAAAUGGUGAGAAUAAGUGACAGCUAUCAUAUCCCAAAAGUCUUUCUUGAUUUUUGCGAUUCAGAUACUCCGGAUGUUUAUGUGAACACGCUGAAUUUAUGCCGUUGCUUCAACGCUCAAAAAGGCGACGAAACGAUUAUUUACAAAUGCUUGAAGCUCUACGAUAUAAUCAUCGAGAGAUACCCUAAACUUGCCUGGCGCGCGUUCAAUUUGAUGAUCAAAACAAUAAGAAAAGUAGCCGAGACUUCUUCAUCAACUAGGCUAUUGCACACUACUCUGAAUACGAUUUCGGGUAUGAUCACAUGUCCAGAAUAUAAUCACAGAAACACUUAUGCACAAGAGCUUCUACUAAAGGUGGACGAGGCUGGUCUUAGCGGAAUAAAGGCUUGGGAGUUCAUGUACACAGAUCGCUCAUCAGAAUUUCUUAGUCCUUUGGAGGCCAAGCAAAAAUCAAAGAGAGACAAACUCAUCAGAAAACUGGUGGAGAAGAUCACGGCAGCUCACAUACAGGAAGAAUGA